GUGAAACGCACUCCCACGGCUCCCACCAUGCAGACAGCCCGGCCCCUCCCCCGCAAAAGUUAACCAAAUGGUUGGGUGAGGAGGCGGGCCUACCUUCAGGUCCAUCACGCCUGACCUCGGACCUGACGAGGAAUGCCACCAGGGAGAAAAGGGGCUUGCGCUAUAGACUAUGGGUUAUUGUCGGCCGAUCAUUGAGACGACGUUGAUCCGAAGAAGUGCCUGCAACUGCCUCCAUCUGAAAGGCUUUUGAAAAGUUCUGGACAAUAAGAACCGGGGACAUUCCCGGCUUGGUUGCACUUUGCCCUAGUUCCCCAGUCUCGAACUCCUCAACUUCCCCAGAUCGUCGGUGCUUCCCCGGAUUUUCUCUUAACUUUAAGUUGUUCGGCCCGACGUCUUCAAACAUCUUCGAUAUUUCCAUUUCCUCACCCAGAGUUGACAGGAACGGCGAUCAUGGACGACAAACACCUUGAGGCGCACCCGACAUCCAUCGUCGACAAGGACGACAUCGCCGCGGCCAAGGGCGAACACGUGGAGGAGAUUGGCCACGCCGCGACGGCAGAAGAUCACGACGAGACUGUUUUACAAGCCAUCAAGAACCAGCCGUGGGCGUUUGUGUGGUGCAUUUACGCCAUAUACGUCCUCAUCCUCACCAGCUUUGACAACCAGGCGGGAGGAACAGUCAUUGGAAUCCCCCAGUUCCGCAAGGAUUUCGGUUCCGAAUUCAAUGGCAACUAUGUUCUCCCUGCAAAGUGGCAAUCUGCCUACAGCGGAGCCCCUGUCGCAUCUGCCGUCGUUGGAUCCCUCGGUGCUGGCUGGGUGGCCGACCGCAUCGGCCGCAAGUGGACCUACUUCAUCAGCUACGCCUUCAUCUUUGCAGGCAUCACUUGCGAGACAGUAAGCACCACCAACGAGAUCUUCUUCGCGGGCAAGUUUAUUGCCGGAUUUCCCAUUGGCGCUUUCAUCACGGUCAGCAUGACAUACAUUGGCGAGAUCGCGCCCCUGGCUCUCCGCGGUAUCUUGACCGCCGCUGCGGCUAUCGCCUUCACAAUUGGUCCAUUCAUCGUCAGUCUGGUUGUCAACGAGACUGGAACUAGAACCGACCGCUGGGCUUAUCGCACAAUCUUUGUGUCUCAAUACGGCAUCAGCGGCAUUGGUGCUCUCUUGCUGUUUUUCAUGCCCGAGUCACCGUGGUGGUUGGUUAGCAAGGGCAAGAUGCAGAAGGCUGCCAAGUCCCUGAGCCGUCUUGGCUACGAUGCGGUCCAGGUCGAGAAGCGCCUAUCUGUUAUCACUCUCACCCUUGCUGAGGUACGCAAGGAGACCGACGGCGCCAGCUUUGCUGAGUGCUUCCGCAAGUCCAACCUUCGCCGCACCAUCAUUUCCGUCGCACCUUUGAGCAUCCAGGCUCUGUGCGGUGUCUUCUUCGUUGCAUCAUACUCUACCUACUACCAGCAACUGGCCGGUUAUAGCACAAAAGAGAGCUUCACGCUGGCCAUCGUGCAGCAGGUCAUGUCCAUGCUCGGUAACGUCACCGCAUGGUUCCUUAUUGAUCGAGUUGGUCGCCGCGGCCUCACUCUCUGGGGUAUGUGCAUCCUGACGGUCCUUCUCAUGAUUACUGGUGGUCUUGCGGUGGCUGCCACACCUGGUGCCGUCAAGGGAACCGUCGCACUGCUGCUGGUGUACUGCUAUAUCUACAACGUCACCAUUGGAGCCACGGCCUAUUCUCUCUUGACCGAGGUUGCAACUUCGCGUCUCCGUGCCAAGACUGCCUCCAUGGCUUUGGCUUUGCAAAACAGUCUCUUCACCAUGUGGGCCUUUGUUAUCCCCUUCCUCUUCAACCCCGAUCAAGCCAAUCUCGGUGCCAAGGUGGCCUUCAUCUUCGGCGGCCUUUCCGUUCUGUCCACUGUCUAUCUCUGGUUCUACCAACCCGAGGUUGCUGGGCGGUCUUACGAGGAGCUCGAUGAGAUGUUCAUCAAGCAAGUCCCAGCUCGGAAGUUCAAGGGCUACAAGACAGAGGUGCAGGAGAAGAGUGAAAGGGCAGUUGCGCACCAGCAAUGA